AUGGAGUUUGGGCUGCUUGGUGAGGCAGAGGCUCGAAGCCCUGCGCUGUCGCUGUCAGAUGCAGGCACUCCACACCCUCCGCUUCCAGAACACGGCUGCAAGGGGCAGGAGCACAGUGACUCGGAGAAGGCCUCCGCCUCCCUGCCGGGGGGCUCCCCCGAGGACGGCUCUCUGAAGAAGAAGCAGCGGCGGCAGCGCACGCACUUCACCAGCCAGCAGCUGCAGGAGCUGGAGGCCACCUUCCAGAGGAAUCGCUACCCUGACAUGAGCACGCGUGAAGAGAUCGCCGUGUGGACCAACCUCACUGAGGCCCGCGUGCGGGUGUGGUUCAAGAACCGGCGCGCCAAGUGGCGGAAGCGGGAGCGCAGCCAGCAGGCGGAGCUGUGCAAGGGUGGCUUCGCAGCCCCGCUCGGGGGCCUGGUGCCACCCUACGAGGAAGUGUACCCGGGCUACUCGUACGGCAACUGGCCGCCCAAAGCGCUCGCCCCGCCGCUCGCCGCCAAGACCUUCCCGUUCGCCUUCAACUCGGUCAACGUGGGGCCUCUGGCUUCACAGCCAGUGUUCUCGCCGCCCAGCUCCAUCGCAGCCUCCAUGGUGCCCUCGGCCGCCGCUGCCCCGGGCACCGUCCCAGGUCCGGGAGCCUUGCAGGGCCUGGGCGGGGCACCCCCCGGGCUGGCUCCAGCCGCCGUGUCCUCCGGGGCAGUGUCCUGCCCUUACGCCUCGGCCGCCGCAGCCGCCGCUGCAGCCGCCUCCUCCCCCUAUGUAUACCGGGACCCGUGUAACUCGAGCCUGGCUAGCCUGCGGCUCAAAGCCAAGCAGCACGCCUCUUUCAGCUACCCCGCCGUGCCCGGGCCGCCGCCGGCCGCUAACCUUAGCCCCUGCCAGUACGCCGUGGAACGGCCGGUGUGA